CAUAGGGUUUAUUUCCAUCUCUUUCUCCUUCCUCCCCCUGGACACAUUCCUUUCUCCGUCUGUGACACUGUUUACUCUCCCUCUUCGAUUCUCACUCUUGUCUGCACUACUCAGCCGCACGCCACCGGUCGGUUGCACGCCGCCACCGUGCUCCACCGUACCGGCCGCUCUUUCCGACACUGUUCGUCAAACUCCUCAGCCGUCGAACGCCACUGCCGUAUUUAUCUGUUUUCUAUUCCGCCGGCGUCACGCCUCUAUCGCACUCCACGGCGCCUACACCACAAGCCCUGCUGCCGUAGUGAGCCACCUGGCCAGAAUGGUGAGGGAGAAGAUCGAGAUCAAGGAGAUUGACUGUUUCUCACACUGACAAGACUUGGCUGCUCCUAAAACCCUAACCAGCCAGCCACCUUAAGCUCCAUAACCUCACUCGGAUCCUUAAUCUGUGUCUACCUGCUUCACCAUGGCUGCAAAUUCAUUCGAUUCACUUGUUUCCAUUGCUGGGUUGGUCUCCUCCACGUCCACCAAGACCCGGGUCCUAAUCUUCCGCAACGAAAUCCCCAGGAUUCUAGGCAAUUCAGCUGGAAGUGGACGAAGUACGGAGGAGUGGAGAAUGAUCCCCCUGUGCUUAUUCUGGUGUCUAUGGCUUGAGAGAAAUGGGAGGCGUUUUGAAGAUCGUGAAUGCACAAGGAUGGAAUUUAGGGACUUUUUCUUCAACACUUUAAACUUUUGGAGAUGUGUGCAGAGCUUGCAUCACUUCUGGUAGAUAUAUUGUUUAGAACAUUGUCAAUCUAUGAUGAUCACGGAUCAAGGAAAGCUGUUGAUGAUGUGAUUGAAAAAGCUCUUGGUGACUUAUUGUUCAUGAAGAAUUUUGCAGCAGCACUUGUCCAGGUAAUGGAAAGGCAGCUAAAGUUCCAAUCCCAUGUGGGUUGCUACAGACUUCUUAGGUGGUCAUGCCUCCUAUUAAGCAAGAGUCAGUUUGCGACAGUUUCGAAGAAUGCAUUAUGUAGGGUAGCUGCAGCGCAAGCAUCUUUACUUCAUAUUGUUGUACGAAGAUCUUUCCGUGUGCGAAGGGCUUGCAAGCAAACAUUUUUGAGUCUAUUUUCUCAGUCUCCUGACAUUUUUAAGGCAUAUGUUGAAGAAUUUAAGAAUGGGCGGAUUCCAUACAAAGAUAGUCCUGAAUUAAUAUGGUUAUUACUAGAGUUCUCAAGCAUGUCCCCUUCUUUGUUUGAGGAGUGCAAGCCAAUAUUUCUUGAUAUAUAUGUCAAGGCAGUGCUAAAUGCUAGAGAAAAACCAACAAAGGUUCUGAGUGAGGCUUUUUGUUUACUUUUUAAACGCAUGACCCAUGAAGAUUUUCAAAGUAUUGUGGUUCCAUCUUCUGUAAAAAUGCUGAAACGCAAUCCUGAGAUUGUGUUGGAGUCUGUUUCAAUUCUUUUGGAGUCGGUCAAGCUUGAUUUGAGUAGGUAUGCCACCGAAAUUCUUUCUGUGGUUUUACCACAAGCUCGGCAUGCGGAUGAAGGGAGAAGGCUUGUGGCAUUAGCAAUAGUCAGGUGCUUGAGCCGAAAGUCUAGUAAUCCAGACAUUUUUGAAGCAAUGUUCAAUGCUGUCAAAGCUGUAAUUGGAGGCUCAGAAGGCAGACUUGCGUAUCCUUACCAGAGAAUUGGCAUGGUCAAUGCACUUCAGGAAUUGUCUAAUGCUCCUGAGGGGAAAUACCUGAACAGCCUAUCAAGUUCCAUUUGUGUCUUCCUUUUGUCCUAUUACAAGGAUGAUGGAAAUGAAGAGGUGAAGCUUGCAAUUUUGUUGGCUGUAGCUUCUUGGGCAGCACGAUCUGCUGAUGCUGUUCAGCCAGAUGUAGUUUCCUUUAUUGCUUCUGGGCUCAAGGAGAAGGAAACUUUGAGGAGGGGACAUCUUCGUUGUCUCCGAGUCAUAUGCAGAAAUGAUGCUAAUGUUUUACAAGUAUCAUCUUUAUUGGGUCCUCUGGUCCAACUUGUUAAAACUGGUUUUAGUAAGGCUGUACAGCGUUUGGAUGGUGUAUAUGCUUUGCUCGUAGUGGGGAAAAUUGCAGCUGUUGAUAUGAGAGCAGAGGAGACCGUCACAAAGGAAAAGAUCUGGUCUUUGAUAUCUCAAAACGAACCCUCACUCGUACCAGUUUCUUUGGCCUCAAAGUUCUCUACUGAGGAUUGCGUGGCAUGUAUUGAUCUUCUUGAAGUUUUGCUGGUGGGCCAUUUUGACAGAGUGGUGGCCACGUUUUCAGUCAGAUCACUAUUACAGUUGAUAAUCUUUUUGAUAUGUCAUCCAAAUUGGGACAUACGAAGAAUCGCUUGCAACGCUACGAGAAAGAUAAUUACUGCUGCACCACAAUUAUCUGAAGAUCUUUUAAUUGAAUUUUCAAAUUUUCUCUCUCUAGUUGGGGAGAGACUUUGUAGUUCAAAGACAAGUGACACGGAGAAUUCUUUGGACCCUCAAGUUCCCUUCCUUCCAUCAGUGGAGGUCUUGGUGAAGGCUUUAGUUCUAAUAUCAUCAACAGCUCUAGCUGCUGCCCCUAGUACAUCCAUGCGAAUUAUAUUCUGCUCACAUCAUCCAUGUGUGGUUGGCACUGCAAAGCGAGAUACAGUUUGGAGGAGACUUUUUAAAUGUUUUCAAGCUCUUGGUUUCGACAUCAUUGGCAUUCUUUCCGCUGAUGUGGGAAAUUUGUGUAAGGGACUACUGGGACCGAUGGGGUUGAUGAGUGCUAAUCCACUUGAAUGCCAAGCGGCGAUAUCUUCGUUAUCCACAUUGAUGUCUAUAACACCUAGAGAUACCUAUAUAGAGUUUGAAAAGCAUCUGCAAAAUCUUCCAGAGCGUUAUUCACAUGAUAUGCUUUCGAAGAAUGACAUUUUGGUUUUUCGUACGCCUGAAGGCAUGCUUUCCAGUGAGCAAGGUGUUUAUGUUGCAGAAUCCAUUGCCGCCAAGAACACUAAACAGGCAAAGGGUCGUUUCCGGACAUAUGAAGACCAAAAUGACAUGGUGCAUCUAGAUGGUCAUGUUUGGUGCUUUUUCCUUUUUCCUUUUUUCUCCUCUUCAGUAUUAGUUAUAUGUAUGUCUUCCCAGGAUCACAACAGAGAAGCUGCUGUGGGGAAAAAGGAUGUCGGAAAGUCUGCAAAGAAAGUUGAUAAGGUAAAGACGGGGAAAGAGGAGGCACGGGAGUUGCUGCUUAGGGAGGAAGCCUCUAUUCGUGAGAAGAUUCAAGAAAUACAGAAAACAUUAUCAUUGAUGCUGAGAGCUCUUGGGGAGAUGGCCAUUUCUAAUCCUGUAUUUGCUCACAGUCAAUUACCUUCCCUGGUCGGUUUUGUCAAUCCUUUACUACGGUCACCGGUGGUUAGUGAAGUGGCCUAUGAAACCAUGGUUAAACUCACUACAUGUUCUGCUCCACCUCUCUGUAAUUGGGCCCUCGACAUUGCUACUGCGUUACGCUUAAUUGUGACUGAAGAAGAUAAUGUUUUGUUGGAUCUGAUUCCAUCAGUUGGUGAUGAAGUAGCUAAUGAAAGGCCAUCAUUGGGGCUCUUUGAACGAAUAGUAAAUGGCUUAUCAGCAUCUUGUAAAUCUGGACCUCUUCCUGUUGAUUCUUUUACUUUGGUUUUCCCGAUAAUUGAGCGAAUUCUGUUAGUCUCCAAGAAGACAGGACUCCAUGAAGAUGUGCUGCGGAUUCUUUAUUUACACAUGGAUCCCCUGUUACCCCUUCCAAGACUUCGAAUGAUAUCGGUUCUCUAUCAUGUUCUAGGUGUCAUUCCAGCUUAUCAGGCAUCUAUUGGUCCUGCCUUAAAUGAGUUGAGUCUUGGCCUUAAACCCGAUGAAGUGGCACCUGCCCUAUAUGGAGUUUAUGCAAAGGAUGUUCACGUUAGAAUGGCCUGCUUAAAUGCCAUUAAAUGCAUUCCUGCUGUUGCUAGCCGUUCUCUUCCUGAGAAUGUUGAUGUCGCGACUAGCAUUUGGAUUGCUUUACAUGAUCCAGAGAAGUUAAUUGCAGAAGCAGCAGAAGAUUUGUGGGAUCGCUAUGGGUAUGAUUUUGGGACAGACUAUUCAGGAAUUUUCAAAGCGCUUUCGCAUUGCAAUUAUAAUGUCCGCUUGGCUGCUGCGGAGGCAUUAUCUGCUGCUUUGGAUGAACACCCAGAUUGUAUACAGGAAUCACUAUCAUCUUUAUUUUCUUUGUAUAUCCGUGAUGCUGGUUUUGGAGAUGAACAUAUUGAUGCUGGUUGGUUGUGUCGACAAGGAAUAGCAUUGGCAUUACAUUCUUCUGCUGACGUUCUUAGGACCAAAGACCUUCCGGUUGUUAUGACAUUUCUCAUAUCAAGAGCACUAGCUGAUCCUAAUGCAGAUGUUAGGGGAAGAAUGAUUAAUGCUGGUAUCUUGAUUAUUGACAAGCAUGGGGGAGAGAAUGUGUCAUUGUUGUUUCCAAUUUUUGAGAACUACUUAAACAAAACGGCAACAGAUGAAGAAACAUAUGAUUUGGUUCGUGAGGGUGUGGUUAUCUUCACCGGAGCUCUAGCAAAACAUUUGGCAAAGGAUGAUCCAAAAGUUCAUACUGUUGUUGAGAAGUUGUUGGAUGUGCUAAACACACCAUCAGAAGCUGUUCAACGGGCAGUCUCGACGUGCCUAUCUCCACUAAUGAAAUCAAAGCAUGAUGAUGCACCUGCUCUAAUAUCCAGGCUGUUGGAUAAAUUGAUGAAGAGUGACAAGUAUGGCGAACGCCGUGGAGCAGCUUUUGGACUUGCAGGUGUGGUUAAGGGGUUUGGAAUUUCUUGCUUGAAGAAGUAUGGUAUCGUGGCUACACUAAGGGAAGGUAUUGCAGACAGGAAUUCUGCUAAAUGUCGUGAAGGAGCUCUAUUGGGAUUUGAGUGCCUCUGUGAAACACUUGGAAGAUUAUAUGAACCGUAUGUGAUUCAAAUGUUGCCGUUACUUUUGGUUUCUUUCUCUGAUCAAGUUAUAGCAGUUCGUGAGGCUGCUGAGUGUGCCGCCCGUGCAAUGAUGUCUCAACUUAGUGCUCAUGGGGUGAAGCUUGUCCUUCCGUCUCUUCUAAAGGGUCUUGAGGAUAAAGCUUGGAGAACAAAGCAAAGCAGUGUACAACUACUUGGUGCUAUGGCUUACUGUGCUCCGCAACAACUAUCUCAGUGCCUCCCUAAGAUUGUGCCCAAACUGACAGAGGUUUUGACAGAUACCCAUCCCAAAGUCCAGUCAGCAGGGCAAACGGCCCUUCAACAGGUUGGGAGUGUAAUAAAGAAUCCGGAAAUAUCUUCCCUUGUUCCUACUCUUUUAAUGGGUCUUACUGACCCCAAUGACCAUACAAAAUACUCGCUAGAUAUCCUACUCCAAACAACCUUUGUUAAUUCAAUUGAUGCCCCUUCCCUUGCCCUUUUGGUACCUAUAGUGCAUAGAGGGCUAAGGGAGAGAAGUGCUGAUACUAAAAAGAGAGCUGCGCAAAUUGUUGGAAAUAUGUGCUCCUUGGUUACAGAUCCAAAGGAUAUGACUCCUUACAUAGGGUUGCUUCUUCCUGAAGUGAAAAAGGUUUUGGUGGAUCCUAUUCCGGAAGUUAGGUCAGUUGCAGCGAGAGCCCUUGGAUCCCUUAUAAGAGGGAUGGGAGAAGAAAAUUUCCCAGAUCUUGUUCCAUGGUUGUUUGAUACACUUAAAUCUGAUAAUAGUAAUGUUGAGCGCUCCGGAGCUGCUCAAGGGUUGAGUGAGGUCUUAGCUGCACUUGGGACAACGUACUUCGAGCAUGUCCUCCCUGAUAUUAUUCGCAAUUGUUCUCAUCAGAGAGCAUCUGUACGUGAUGGAUAUUUAACACUUUUCAAGUAUUUGCCAAGGUCAUUGGGCAUCCAAUUCCAGAACUAUUUGCAACAGGUUCUGCCUGCUAUAUUAGAUGGUCUUGCCGAUGAGAAUGAAUCUGUACGUGAUGCAGCACUAGGUGCUGGGCAUGUCCUGGUUGAGCAUUAUGCGGCCACGUCCUUACCCCUACUCCUGCCAGCUGUUGAAGAUGGUAUUUUCAAUGAUAGUUGGCGUAUUCGACAGAGCUCUGUGGAAUUGUUGGGGGAUCUCUUGUUCAAAGUUGCUGGAACUUCUGGAAAAGCAUUGCUUGAGGGGGGCAGUGAUGAUGAAGGUGCUAGCACUGAAGCACACGGGCGUGCUAUCAUUGAGGUUCUAGGAAGGGAUAAGCGCAAUGAAGUUCUUGCUGCAUUAUAUAUGGUUAGGAGUGAUGUCAGCAUAUCUGUGCGUCAGGCUGCCUUACAUGUGUGGAAAACCAUAGUGGCAAAUACUCCAAAGACUCUCAAAGAAAUUCUUACAGUUUUAAUGAAUACUCUAAUCACUUCUCUUGCAUCAUCAUCCUCUGAAAGGCGUCAGGUUGCUGGACGAUCACUAGGAGAGCUUGUUAGGAAGCUUGGUGAGAGAGUACUUCCUUUGAUAAUCCCAAUUUUAUCCCGGGGGCUGAAGGACCCUAAUACUAGCAGAAGACAAGGUGUAUGCAUUGGUCUAAGUGAAGUGAUGGCAAGUGCUGGAAAGAGUCAGCUAUUAAGUUUUAUGGAUGAUCUGAUCCUUACUAUUCAGACUGCUCUUUGUGACAACAUGCCCGAGGUUCGUGAGUCAGCCGGCUUAGCAUUCAGCACUCUUUACAAGAGUGCUGGAAUGCAAGCAAUUGAUAUAAUAGUUCCAACUCUUCUGCAUGCCCUGGAAGAUGAACAAACUUCCGAUACUGCCCUUGAUGGACUUAAGCAAAUCUUGAGUGUCAGGACUACUGCUGUUUUGCCUCAUAUUUUGCCCAAGCUGGUUCAUCUUCCACUUUCUGCCUUUAAUGCACAUGCUCUCGGAGCUUUGGCGGAGGUUGCUGGACCUGGUCUCAACUUUCACCUUGGUACCAUUCUUCCUGCUCUACUGUCUGCAAUGGGUGGUGAUGAAAAGGAUGUUCAAACUUUGGCAAAGGAGGCUGCAGAAACGGUAGUCUUGGUAAUUGAUGAGGAAGGUGUUGAGUCUCUGAUAUCAGAGCUCCUUAGAGGUGUUGCUGAUAGUCAGGCUUCAAUCAGAAGAAGUUCUUGUUAUCUGAUAGGAUAUUUCUUCAAAAACAGCGAAUUAUAUUUGGUUGAUGAAGCUCCUAACAUGAUAUCUACCCUGAUUAUAAUGCUUAGUGAUUCAGAUUCAGCUACUGUUGUGGUUUCUUGGGAGGCUUUGUCAAAGGUUGUCAAUUCAGUUCCAAAGGAGGUGCUUCCUUCAUAUGUAAAACUAGUGCGUGAUGCUGUAUCUACAUCACGAGAUAAGGAGCGUAGGAAAAAGAAGGGAGGACAAAUUCUCAUACCUGGACUCUCUCUCCCGAAAGCCCUUCAGCCAUUACUUCCAAUCUUUCUCCAAGGUCUAAUAAGUGGGUCUGCUGAAUUAAGAGAGCAGGCAGCAUUGGGUCUUGGGGAACUGAUUGAAGUGACUAGUGAACAAGCACUGAAGGAGUUUGUCAUUCCAAUAACAGGGCCUCUUAUCCGGAUCAUAGGUGAUCGGUUCCCCUGGCAGGUGAAGAGUGCCAUUUUGUCUACUUUAAGCAUAAUGAUAAGAAAGGGUGGGAUGGCUUUGAAACCUUUUCUCCCUCAGCUUCAAACUACAUUUGUUAAGUGUUUACAAGACAGUACAAGGACUGUUCGUUCGAGUGCUGCCCUUGCACUUGGAAAGCUCAGUGCGCUCAGUACCAGGGUUGAUCCUUUAGUCGGGGAUCUCCUGUCUAGUUUGCAGCCUUCGGAUGGUGGUGUUCGAGGGGCCAUUCUGACUGCUUUAAAAGGUGUCCUGAAGCAUGCUGGAAAGAAUGUGAACGCUUCUGUUAGAAGUCGUGUAUUCAUUUUCCUAAAGGGUUGGAUUCAUCAUGAUGAUGAACAAGUUCGAAUAUCUGUUUCAAGCAUACUGGGUAUCAUAUCACAGUACAUGGAAGAUGCUGAGCUGACUGACCUGAUUCGAGAAAUUUCAAGUUUGGUUUCAUCACCAAUUUGGUCUGCAAGGCAUGGUUCGAUACUCACCAUUUCAUCCUUGCUCAGACACAACCCCAACGCUAUCUGUUUGUCUCCAUUGUUCCAGCUUAUAGUAGACAACCUUGAGGGAACUUUGAAAGAUGAGAAGUUCCUACUUCGAGAGGCUUCGACAAAGGCAUUAGGAAGGCUUCUACUUCAUGAAAUUGAAAGUGACUCAGCUAACACGAGUGCACAUCUAGAUAUUCUUUCAUCCCUAGUGUCAGCUUUGCAUGAUGACUCCAGUGAAGUAAGAAGAAGGGCAUUAUCUGCUCUAAAAGCAGUUGCAAAAACAAAUCCAUCGGCAAUUAUGGCCCAUCUUACCGUUAUUGGACCCUCUCUUGCUGAUUGUUUGAAAGAUGGAAGCACUCCAGUGAGACUUGCUGCAGAAAGAUGUGCACUGCACAUCUUCCAAUUAACAAAGGGUGCUGAAAAUGUCCAAGCUGCGCAGAAAUUUAUCACUGGCUUGGAUGCUAGACGGCUAUCAAAGUAUCCUGAACAGAGAGUGACUGGAGGAACAGAUAAGAGUAUGCGGUCACCAUCCAAGAAGGGGAGUUUUACUAUACAGUCAUACUACAAGUCCCUUAUGACACACUCUACAGGAGCAUUCCCAUGGAAGAACAUAUUGAUGACAGUGAAGACAGUGAGGAUGACGGGGCAAGUGGCUGAUAAUCACCUCUUCUUUAGCUGUCUAUAUUUUAUUUCCAGGAGUGGAGGUAUAUAGACGUUGACUGACUGGGAAGUCGGUUGCCAAAUUUUCAUACGGCACAUCAUUAAAAUACAGACUCAUAGAUGCGCACACAGUCACUUGUUACCCAAUUUUUGCUGACCUGGGUGUUAUGAUGUCAACUUCGUAAUAAUUAGAUUUUGAUGAGCAUCGGAUGUACAAAAGGAGGGCACUUCUCUUUUGGCUUUCAUGAUCAUUGAUAGCAUCAAGUUUGUCAUCCUAUCAGUUUGUAUUUAUACCGGAUUCUUUGGUGAUCUUGUCUAUUUUAGUAUAGAGAUAGACAUGCACACAUUGUGGCUUGAUACCCAGUUUUUGCUGACCUGGGUGUCAAGAUGUCCAUUAUUUAUCCGAUUUGAUGAGCAUCAAAUCACUGGAGGGACUUCCAAUAUUGUCUGGCUUUGGUAAUCAUUGAUAGUAUUUAGUUUGUGUUUCGAAGUUUUUGCCUUGUAACUAUAUCAAGCUCUUGUUAUCCUAUUUGAGUUUUAUGCUGAAAUAUUGAAUAAAAAAAAUGUAUUCGAGGUUGCUUUCCAA